AUGCCUGUCAAAUUCAUGCCAUAUGUAUAUCAAACUGUAGACUUUAGUCUUGUGGUUUCUUCUGGCCCUGUGUGUGCUGCCCCUGGGGAAGACGUCAUUUUACCCAUUCAUCUCUUACCUGAAACCAGUGCUGUGUCCAUGGAAAUCAGAUGGUUCAGAGGGACAGAGCUCAUUUAUCAGUAUAUGAACAGACAGGAGAUGACAAAUAAUGACUUUGAGAACCGAGUGAGUCUGUCCAUCCAGGAGCUGAGGAGAGGAAAUCUUGCUCUGAUUUUGAGAAAUGUUCAGCCAUCAGAUUCAGGAGACUAUACAUGCGAAGUCUUUCAUGAUGGAUGUCAAAAGAGGGGAGUAGUUCACUUGCAAGUGAGAGAGAUUGAGAGAGUGAAACAUCUCUGCAGUGUGAUAAAGCAAACCCAUGAAGACAUUAUGCAACAAAGAGUCAAACUAAAUGAAACCAUAAAGUUGCUUGAAGAAACACUCAAGCAUGUUGAUCAGCCAUCUAGCCGUAUAACUAGUAUGGAAAGGAUUCCCCCACUCAUGCAAGAUCAUAGCAAAUUGGAACAAUUCGACAUGGAAGACAGGAGAGCAGGUUCUACAUGUACCAGUAAAAAAAUGUAG